GUGGCGGCCAUGUUGGGAGCAGCAGGUCCGGCGGCGGCUGCCUGUGUGCCGGGCGCGGAGCAGUGCCGCUGAGGGCAGGGGAGGAGCGAGGCAGGCGGCCGGCUGCGGCGGCAGAGAGUAGGCGGAGCGGCGCGGCCCGGCCGAAAGGCGGCACAGCCCAGCCGGGGGUCGGGGGGGUGCGGUCCGGAGCCGCUCGGAGCCGGCGCGGCCUAGCCCGAGCGGCGCAUCCCCGGGCUGGCGUGAACGGCUGCCCGGCCUCCCCGCACCCCCGGCCGGGGCCCAUGCGGCGGGUGCCCCUGCUGUGAGAAGCCCCGCCCGGCCGGGCUCCGCGCCUUCCCUUCCCUCCCUUCCUCCAAGCUUCUCGGUUCCCUCCCCUGAGAUACCGGCGCCAUGUCCAGUGCCCGGACCCCCCUACCCACGCUGAACGAGAGGGACACGGAGCAGCCCACCCUGGGACACCUCGACCCCAAGCCCAGCAGUAAGUCCAACAUGCUGCGGGGCCGCAACUCAGCCGCCUCUGCUGACGAGCAGCCCCACAUUGGUAACUACCGACUCCUUAAGACCAUCGGCAAGGGUAACUUCGCCAAGGUGAAGCUGGCCCGGCACAUCCUGACCGGGAAAGAGGUAGCUGUGAAGAUCAUUGACAAGACUCAACUGAACUCCUCCAGCCUCCAGAAGCUAUUCCGCGAAGUAAGAAUAAUGAAGGUUUUGAAUCAUCCCAACAUAGUUAAGUUAUUUGAAGUGAUCGAGACUGAGAAAACUCUGUACCUUGUCAUGGAGUACGCCAGUGGAGGAGAGGUGUUUGACUACCUGGUGGCUCAUGGCAGGAUGAAAGAAAAAGAGGCUCGAGCCAAAUUCCGCCAGAUAGUGUCUGCUGUGCAGUACUGCCACCAGAAGUUUAUUGUUCAUAGAGACUUAAAGGCAGAAAACCUGCUCUUGGAUGCUGAUAUGAACAUUAAGAUUGCAGACUUUGGCUUCAGCAACGAAUUCACCUUUGGGAACAAGCUGGAUACCUUCUGUGGCAGUCCCCCCUAUGCUGCCCCAGAGCUCUUCCAGGGCAAAAAAUACGAUGGACCCGAGGUGGAUGUAUGGAGCCUGGGAGUUAUCCUGUAUACACUGGUCAGUGGAUCCCUGCCUUUUGAUGGACAGAACCUCAAGGAGCUACGGGAACGGGUACUGAGGGGAAAAUACCGCAUUCCGUUCUACAUGUCCACGGACUGUGAAAACCUGCUUAAGAAAUUUCUCAUUCUCAACCCCAGCAAGAGAGGCACUUUAGAGCAAAUCAUGAAAGAUCGAUGGAUGAAUGUGGGUCACGAAGAUGAUGAAUUAAAGCCUUAUGUGGAGCCACUCCCUGACUACAAGGACCCCCGGCGGACAGAAUUGAUGGUGUCCAUGGGUUACACACGGGAAGAGAUCCAGGACUCACUGGUGGGCCAGAGGUACAACGAGGUGAUGGCCACCUAUCUGCUCCUGGGCUACAAGAGCUCUGAGCUGGAGGGCGACACCAUCACCUUGAAGCCCCGGCCUUCAGCUGAUCUGACCAAUAGCAGUGCCCCCUCCCCCUCCCACAAGGUACAGCGCAGUGUCUCGGCCAACCCCAAGCAGCGACGCUUCAGUGACCAAGCAGCUGGUCCUGCCAUUCCCACGUCUAAUUCCUACUCUAAGAAGACGCAGAGUAACAACGCAGAGAAUAAGCGGCCUGAGGAAGACCGGGAGUCAGGGCGGAAGGCCAGCAGCACAGCCAAAGUGCCUGCCAGCCCCCUGCCCGGGCUGGAGAGGAAGAAGACCACCCCCACCCCCUCCACGAACAGCGUCCUCUCCACCAGCACAAAUCGAAGCAGGAAUUCCCCACUUUUGGAGAGGGCCAGCCUUGGCCAGGCCUCCAUCCAAAACGGCAAAGACAGCCUAACCAUGCCAGGGUCCCGGGCCUCCACGGCUUCUGCUUCCGCCGCGGUCUCUGCGGCCCGGCCCCGCCAGCACCAGAAAUCCAUGUCGGCCUCCGUGCACCCCAACAAGGCCACUGGGCUGCCCCCCACGGACAGUAACUGUGAGGUGCCGCGGCCCAGCACAGCCCCCCAGCGUGUCCCUGUCGCCUCCCCCUCCGCCCACAACAUCAGCAGCAGUGGUGGAGCCCCAGACCGAACUAAUUUCCCCCGGGGUGUGUCCAGUCGAAGCACCUUCCACGCUGGACAGCUCCGGCAGGUGCGGGACCAGCAGAAUUUGCCCUACGGUGUGACCCCAGCCUCUCCCUCUGGCAACAGCCAGGGCCGGCGGGGGGCCUCAGGGAGCAUCUUCAGCAAAUUCACUUCCAAGUUUGUACGCAGAAAUCUGUCUUUCAGGUUUGCCAGAAGGAACCUGAAUGAACCCGAAAGCAAAGACCGAGUGGAGACGCUCAGACCUCACGUGGUGGGCGGUGGAGGCAACGACAAGGACAAGGAGGAGUUUCGGGAGGCCAAGCCGCGCUCCCUACGCUUCACGUGGAGUAUGAAGACCACCAGCUCCAUGGAGCCCAACGAGAUGAUGCGGGAGAUCCGCAAGGUGCUGGACGCGAACAGCUGCCAGAGCGAGCUGCACGAGAAGUACAUGCUGCUGUGCAUGCACGGCACACCGGGCCACGAGAACUUCGUGCAGUGGGAGAUGGAGGUGUGCAAGCUGCCGCGGCUGUCCCUCAACGGUGUCCGAUUUAAGCGGAUAUCGGGCACCUCCAUGGCCUUCAAAAACAUUGCCUCCAAAAUAGCCAACGAGCUCAAGCUUUAACAGGCUGCCAGGAGCGGGGGGGCGACGGAGGCGGGCCAGCUGGACUUAGCUGCUGGGGCCGGGCUCCAAGCCACCUGGGCGAGACUGCGGAGAUGGAUUGGUGUGUCUCCCCCUGCUGGCACUUCUCCCCUCCCGCCCUUCUCGGUUUUUUCUUCCAAGUUUGGGGGGGAUGGGAGAUGGUUCUUCCCCCUCCCCCGACAUUUACCCCUGCCCAGAAAGUCCCCCUUCCCCCCUCUCCCCUACAGGAGGCAAAGGAAGGGGAGGGAGGGGUGGGGGGGCAGGGCUCCCCCUCGGUACUGCGGUUGCACAGAGUAUUUCGCCUAAACCAAGAAAUUUUUUAUUACCAAAAAGAAAAAAGAAAAAAAAAAUCCCAGCGGCCACCUUUCCUCCCUGCCCCAUUGGGACAGUCAAGACUGGAUCUGUGGGGUUUCCCGGGAGGGUGGCUCAGGGCUGGAACACUCUCAGGCAAGAGUGGUGGAGUUCCCUGUCAGGCCCUCCGCCAGGCCCACUUUGGGCUUCUCCCCUCUCCUUCCCUCCCUCCCCUCCAAGCAAACCACCAGAGGUGGCCUUGCCCUGACCUCAGGCCCCGGGGUUGGAGGCCUGGAUGGCCGGGCCAGGGGCUGGGGGCAGGGCGCUGCGCAGCCCUGGGUGGGGGGUGGGGGGGAAGGGGGGCGCUGGCG